GCCCUCUCUCUCUCUCUCCGCCGCUUCCUUUUCUUCUUCCCUCGCUUUGAGGAGGAAGACGAUCAAUUCCCCGUUACCUACUGUGAAGGCGCUCGAAUUCCCUCCCGGAAGCUGGAAAUUCCGUGGUAGGGAAAGUAGCCGAAAUGGCCAGCAAGGCGAUGCUCAACCUCGCCCGGCGAUCCCGGAAACCCUUGCUCUCCAGCCCGUGGAUCCUCCAAUCAGAUCGUCUCUCUUCUAGGUACUCAACGGCCGUAGCUGCUCCAUCUCCGGCGGCUCCGAUCUGUCCUCCGGCGCCCAACGUGAUGAUCUACGACCGGUUAGCCGAGGAGGUGAAGUCGAAGCUCCGGCGGCUCGAAAACCCCGACCCUCGAUUCCUCAAGUACGCCUCGCCCGAGCCAGUGCUCGCGGACCACACGAAGAUUCUCUCAGCGCCGGAGACGCGAGUGACGACGCUACCGAAUGGGCUGCGCAUCGCUACGGAGUCGAACCUCGCGGCCAAAACGGCGACGGUUGGGGUGUGGAUUGACGCUGGGAGCCGGUUCGAGACGGAUGAGACGAACGGAACGGCGCAUUUUCUGGAGCAUAUGAUCUUCAAGGGAACGGAAAAGAGAUCGGUGAGGGCGCUGGAGGAGGAGAUCGAGAACAUGGGCGGCCACCUGAAUGCUUACACCUCUAGGGAGCAGACGACCUACUACGCGAAAGUGUUGAAUGAGGACGUGCCCGUGGCAUUGGAUAUCCUGGCAGACAUUCUUCAGAAUUCGUGCUUUAGCGAGGAUAGGAUCAAUCGAGAACGAGAUGUUAUCCUCCGGGAGAUGGAGGAGGUGGAAGGUCAAACUGAAGAAGUCAUUUUUGAUCAUGUGCAUGCAACAGCCUUCCAGUAUACUCCUUUGGGUAGGACGAUCCUGGGGCCUGCUCAAAAUAUCAAGACAAUCUCAAAGGCUCAUUUGAAGAACUAUAUUUCAACUCAUUAUACUGCUCCUCGAAUGGUUAUUUCUGCUGCUGGUGCUGUGAAGCAUGAGGAUAUAGUUGAACAAGUGAAGAAACUCUUCACAAAGCUGUCAACUGACCCUACAACAGCCUCCCAGUUGGUGGCAAAAGAACCAGCUAUUUUUACUGGAUCUGAGGUUAGGAUUAUAGACGAUGAUAUUCCCCUUGCACAAUUUGCUGUUGCAUUUAAUGGAGCAUCCUGGACAGAUCCAGAUUCUGUUGCAUUGAUGGUCAUGCAGUCUAUGUUGGGUUCUUGGAACAAAAACGCAGGUGGAGGGAAGCACAUGGGAUCAGAACUUGCUCAAAGGAUUGGAAUUAAUGAGAUUGCUGAGAGCAUGAUGGCUUUCAACACCAACUACAAAGACACGGGCUUGUUUGGUGUCUAUGCAGUUGCUAAGCCCGAUUGCCUGGAUGACCUAGCCUAUGCCAUUAUGUAUGAGAUAAGCAAGCUGUCAUACCGAGUUUCAGAGGCAGAUGUAACUCGCGCUCGUAAUCAGUUGAAAUCUUCCCUGCAACUUCACAUAGAUGGAACUAGUCCCGUUGCUGAGGACAUUGGUCGUCAGCUUCUUACUUAUGGCCGGAGGAUCCCUGUAGCAGAGUUGUUUGCCAGAAUAGAUGCUGUAGAUGCUAGCACUGUGAAGCGAGUUGCGAACAGGUUUAUAUUUGACAGGGAUGUUGCCAUCGCUGCCAUGGGGCCAAUACAGGGACUUCCUGACUACAAUUGGUUCCGACGCCGCACUUACUGGCUCCGAUAUUAGUCUCCUGGCUCGUACACAGUGUGAGUACAUGUUUGGCAUUUUUCCUCUUUCUCCAUUGGGAUUAUAAUGCCCAUCCCGGCAAAAUAAUCAGCAUAUAUUUAAUUGAACAUGUCGCGAGACCUUUUCCAUCUGGAUUUGGUUUUGGAAAAGGAGAGGGCUUUGUGCCCACCCAGUUGAAUGGUGGGAGGUUGUCUCCUGAGAGAAUCUGUACAAAGUGAUUUUUAUUGAGCAGCAUAAGAUCCAGACUUUUACUUCUAUUAAAUAAGCACUUGUCAGUGGAUCAA